CACCGUCAAUUCGACCAGUUCCUGCCGUCAGAAUGGGCCAGAAACGGAAUCGCGACCCGAAGAAUGCCGGGUUCCAGUCCAAAAAACGAAAGGGGAAUGCCGGCGCUGCUAAAGCCGUCGAGGAAGAUGACGGCUGGGAUGGCGUGGUUGGAAUAGAAGACCUCAACUGGAAAGAAGUUUCUCUUCCUGACCGACUCGAGGAUGCUACUGGGUUCUUUGGCCUGGAGGAGAUCGAUGGUGUGGAUAUCGUUAAACCGCAGGGAAAUGGGAACGUUCAGUUCAAGGCCGUCGCAGGGAAACCAAAGAAAUCCAUUCUGAAGAACAAGACCCCGGAGGAGACUAAGGAAUACGACGAUGAGUGGUCUGGCUUCAGUGAUGGUGAAACUCCGGCGCAGCAAGAACCUUCCGCUGAGAAACCCGAAGAAAAGAAGACGGAGCCCGAAGAAUCCGACAAGAAAGUGACGGCGAAGGAAAAGAACGCCGCGAAGAAGAAGGAGAAAAAUGCCGCGAAAAAAGAGCAGAAGUCCAAGGCCACGAAUGAGCAGGACAAGGAUAUCAAGUCUGGACUGUCUUUCACGGCCCUGCAGGAUGAGGAAGAGGACGACGGUGUCGAUGUCUCCGCCUGGGAGUCGCUGGGUUUGUCUCCCGAAACUCUGGCCGGCCUCUCAAAGAUGAAGUUCACCACGCCGACGUCUGUUCAAACGACUUGUAUACCUCCGAUCCUGGAAGGCCACGAUGUUGUCGGAAAAGCAUCAACGGGUUCCGGAAAAACCCUGGCUUUUGGUAUCCCCAUCUUAGAGCACUAUUUGGAGAAGAAGAGAAAGGAGACGGAGACGGAGACGCAAGCCGGGAAAAAAGAAUCGUCUCCCAUCGCGCUCGUAUUGUCCCCCACCCGAGAAUUGGCACAUCAGCUGGUGCAGCACAUUAGCGAAUUGGUCUCUCACUCCCCGGGUGUCAACGCGAGGAUUGCGCUGUUGACUGGUGGUCUGUCGGUGCAGAAGCAGCAAAGACUGUUGGCUGGAGCGGACAUUGUUAUUGGUACUCCGGGGCGAGUGUGGGAAGUUCUCAGCGCCGGCCAGGGUUUGAUCCGUAAAAUGCAGGGAAUCAAAUUCCUUGUUAUAGAUGAGGCCGAUAGACUUCUGAGUGAAGGCCAUUUCAAAGAAGCACACGAAAUCCUCGGCGCUUUGGAUCGUGUCGAGGACAACGACUCACCCGACAAGGAAAACAAUGAUGAAUCUCAGGACCCCAAGUCGCAGAGACAGACCCUCGUCUUCUCCGCUACCUUCCAUCGCGAUCUCCAGCAGAAGCUGGCAGGCAAGGGCCGAUGGACUGGAGGAGAUUUGAUGAACAAACAGGAGUCGAUGGAAUAUCUUUUGCAGAAGCUGAACUUCCGGGAGGAGAAGCCAAAGUUCCUCGAUGUGAAUCCGAUCUCGCAGAUGGCGGAAGGCCUUAAAGAAGGCAUUGUCGAGUGCGCUGCCAUGGAAAAGGACCUCUUUCUCUAUUCGCUACUUCUCUACCACCCUAAACACCGCACUUUGGUCUUCACCAACUCCAUCUCUGCCGUCCGUCGCCUAACCCAGUUUCUCCAAGCACUGCAGCUACCCGCUCUUGCUCUACACUCAUCGAUGGCACAGAAAGCCCGUCUUCGCUCGGUUGAGCGGUUCUCCUCGCCGACUGCUAACCCGAGCACCAUCCUUGUCGCCACCGACGUUGCGGCACGUGGUCUGGACAUUAAGGGCAUCGACUUCGUUGUCCACUAUCAUACCCCGCGCACCGCAGACACAUACGUUCAUCGAUCAGGUCGUACUGCCCGUGCCGGAGCAUCGGGAAAGAGCGUUAUCAUCUGUGCCCCGGAGGAAAUGGUUGGGGUGGUGCGUCUUGCCGCAAAGGUGCACGCCAACAUGGCUAACGGCAAGCGACUUCCUCUGGAGUCCCUCGAGCUGGACCGUCGAGUCAUCUCUCGCGUGAAGCCUCGAGUGACGCUCGCCUGUCGCAUUAUAGACGCCAACAUCGCCAAGGAGAAGGUGUCGGCCGAGGAUAACUGGCUGAGAAAUGCAGCCGAGGAACUUGGGGUUGAGUACGACAGCGAGGAAUUCGAAAGCGCCGAGGGGCGUGGUCGGGGUCGUGGACGAGGUCGGCAGCAGCGGGACCGACAAGUUGGCAGUACCAGCAAGGCCGAGCUCGCGGGGAUGCGCGCCGAAUUGAAACAGCUGCUUUCUCAGCGAGUCAACGUGGGCGUGAGUGAACGAUACUUGACGGCUGGACGAGUCGAUAUUGAGGCGCUGCUGCGCGGCGAAGGGAACAACUCGUUCCUGGGCCAGGUUGAUCCGUUGGGAUUCUAAUCGUGAUGAACAUGUAUAGAAUGAGAUGUUAGAUCAAGAUACCAAAUCCGAUUGCAUGUAAGCAG